AAAGACACACUAGUAGUUAAUUCGUUCAUCUGCUCUCUGAAUUUCCAGUAUAAUACGGAGUAUUAUGCAGUCAACAUCCUCACUCAUCCAUUUGUAUAAUCAGAUUCCCUCCGCCAUUUUCCCCUUCUUCUCCGCAGAAAAAAGAAAUGCAGAGGUGCCCGAAGAAGAGAGCCCAGUACCCAUUGAUCGUUCUUGUGUUCUUCGCCUUCAUAGCUUUCUCUGUCCUCUUCAAUGGAAGCCACAUUCGAGAAUUCCACCACGCUGACCCCGCUUCUGGAUCUGAUGAAAAGCCCUUUCUCACUACCUGGAAUCUGAACUUCUCCGAGAUUAGUACAGCUAGGGAAUUGGACAAGUCUAGUAGAUGCCAUGAUACCGUAGGGUAUAGUGGUAGGAGGCCAUUUUGGGCUAAUGAUCUUCGAGAGUCUGGCAGUCGAAGAGAAAAGCCAGAGAGAUGUGACCUCUUCUCAGGCGAGUGGGUCUUCGAUAACACUUCACAUCCACUUUACAAUGAGUCUGACUGCCCUUAUAUGUCUGAUCAGUUGGCUUGCCAAAAACAUGGAAGGCCUGAUAGGGGUUACCAGUACUGGAGAUGGCAACCCCACAACUGUAAUUUGAAGAGAUGGAAUGCGAUUGAAAUGUGGGAGAAAUUGAGGGGGAAAAGACUAAUGUAUGUGGGGGAUUCAUUGAACAGAAACCAGUGGAUGUCAAUGGUCUGUAUGAUGCAAUCUGUUAUUCCACCUAAUAAACGGUACAUGUCACCACAGGAGCAUCUUUCAAUCUUCAGAACAGAGGAGUAUAAUGCUAGUAUCGAAUUUCUCUGGUCGCCACUUCUUGUGGAAUCUAACUCUGAUCAUCCAGUGGAUCAUAGGUUAGCAGAACGAAUAAUCCGCCCUGAUUCCCUCCUCCGCCAUUUGUCACACUGGAUGAAUGCUGAUAUUAUAGUCUUCAACUCUUACCUCUGGUGGAGACAAGGCCCUGUUAAGCUUCUAUGGAGCAAUGAUGAAAAUGGAAUCUGCGAAGAAAUAGAUGGACUUGGUGGGAUGGAGUUGGCGAUGAGUGCCUGGGCGGAUUUGAUAGCAUCUAACAUUGACCCCUCUAAGAAAAAAGUCUUCUUUGUUACCAUGUCUCCCACUCAUUCCUCGAAGGAAGAAUGGGAACCAGGAAGCGAAGGGAGCUGUUAUGAUGAGAAAGUCCCUAUAAAAGACAGUGACUAUUGGGGAAACGGCUCUGAUGUGUCAACAAUGCAGAUGGUGAGAAAGGUACUGGACACUUUGGGUACAAAAGUUUCUGUCCUAAACAUCACUAAGCUUUCAGAGUAUAGGAAAGAUGGCCAUCCCUCCAUUUACCGUAAGUUCUGGGAGACACUCAGUCCUGAAAAAUUAGCAGACCCUUCAAGUUACUCGGAUUGUGUACACUGGUGCCUGCCUGGUGUUCCCGAUGUUUGGAACGAACUAUUGUUUCAGUUCUUAUAAGCUAAGCCAUGAUUUGUAAGUAAUUUUUUUUUGCAGCUGGGUUCAUUUUCAAAGUGAAGUUUGAAAUUUUGAACGUAUGCACAUCUCAAUGAAUGUGGCUGCAUAUAUGAAUUUUAUAGUGAAUACCACUUUGUAAGACAGUCUUAUUAACGUUCCAACGUGUUUGAAUAUGAAAGGGAUUCAGAUAUAUUGAAAUUAGCGCCUUCAUUCACAUUCUUGAGUCUAGCAGAAAUGCUCUCUGUUCU